GUGGAGACAUCAUGGAUACUUGUGGGUCUGCUGUCGAUAAUGGACUUUUCUCCCUUUAGCUAGGUUGUGAACAGUCGUUGCUGUUUGUCUCCGCGGUGAAAUAACAGGAAAUGUUGUCCUGAAAACACCUCAGCAGCUGUUUUACCGCAGCAGCCCCGUGCGUGAGUGUUUCUGAGUGCGUGUGUUUCUGUGUCUCUCUGGGUGUGUGUAUCUGCUCAGGCUGCCGCCUGCAUCAUGUUCGUGUUGGUGGAGAUGGUCGACACCGUCAGGAUCCCUCCGUGGAACUUCCAGAGACAACUGAACGAGGCCAUAGCAGAGGAGCUGAACAAGAAACUGGCCAACAAGGUGGUCUACAAUGUCGGCCUGUGCAUCUGCUUAUACGACAUCACUAAACUGGACGACUCCUAUAUAUUCCCAGGAGACGGAGCCUCACACACUAAAGUUCAUUUCAGGUAUGUGGUUUUUCACCCUUUUCUCGAUGAGAUCCUGGUUGGCAAGAUCAAGUACUGCAGCCAAGAAGGAGUCCAUGUGACGAUGGGCUUCUUUGAUGACAUCCUCAUUCCACCAGAGUCACUUCAACAGCCUGCAAAAUUUGACGAAGCAGAGCAAGUUUGGCUUUGGGAGUAUGAGACGGACGAGGGGGCCCAUGACCUCUACAUGGACCAGGGAGAGGAGAUCCGUUUCCGGGUGACGGAUGAAGUCUUUGUGGAUACGUCGCCAACGGGCCCGGCCACUGCAGCGACGGACACACCGGCACAGCCGGGACAGUCGACGGCACCGCCUGCAGAGGAAAGCAGGGAGAAGAAGGAGGCGCCGUACACUCUGAUUGGGACCAUCUGUGAGCCGGGCCUGGGGCUGCUGUCAUGGUGGAACAAUUAGCACCGCCGCGGAUCAGCAGGAUAUUUGGUGGUUAUGAACAGAUCGACCAUCGCGACUGAUCGGCCGGACGAGGGACGGGCGGCUGGAGACACUGAACCUUGCUGUCAGGGUUAAAAAGACACAAAGUCACGCUGCUUUCUGGACCGCCAUACUGUGGACGCAACGUGCCUGAGCCUGACGGUGUUUUAAAUACUGCCCUCAACACACCAGCUUCAUGUUUACAUGUAAAAUAUACUGUAUAUUUAACAAGAUAAUGACUGAUGGACACUUAAAUUCAUUUGGUAUGUUUCAUGUGAGAUUUUGACCCCCAGUUAAAAAAAAAACAAAAUAAUGAUUAAGUCUGUCAUUAUGUGAAUCUUAUCAUUGCUUUAUGAUAGUCACAAAUACACAGGUUACUAAAUCUGACUUACUAGAACAGCUUUGUCAGGGAAGAAUAAAUGUGUUGCCUCACGAUGUGAGAACACAGACUUGAGUUUUAUGAUUAGAGAAUCAAGGUGGAGUGACUUUUUUCUUAAAUAUAUAUAUAUAUAAACUGACCUGUGGGUCAGAUUUCUGAUGUAUCAUCAUGAUCCAAACGAAGGUAAUGUGGCAGCAGUCUUUUUUUCUGGUAGGAGUCAAAUUUGUCAAAUUUAGAGUUCCCUUUUAUUUGAAAUGUCACCUCCACCCUCAUUGUCUGUGCACACACCCUCAGUUUAUUUAACAGCCUUGAAAUAUUUUGUAUUCCUGUUUUUGUCUCACAGUAAAAGGGCGUAUCAUCA